AUGGACAAGCUCAUCAAGAAAUCUGGAUUCUUCGCAGUUAUAAUCGCUACAUUUACCGCAAUGGGAAAAGAGCUUGUAAUUUUGGCUUAUUCAGGUGGUUUAGAUACAAGCUGUAUAUUAAAAUGGUUGAUACAAAAAAAUUACGAAGUUGUUUGUUACAUGGCUGAUAUAGGACAAGAUGAAAAUUUUGAAAAAGCAAGGAAAAAAGCUGUGCAAAUCGGAGCAAAAGAUGUCAUAAUUCAAGACUUACGGAAGGAAUUCGUGGACAAUUAUGUGCUGCCAGCUGUUCAAAUGGGUUUAAUCUAUGAGAGUCGAUAUUAUCUCGGCACAGCUUUGGCAAGACCGUGUAUUUCUGUGGGAUUGGUCAAGGCUGCCAAAAGUCUAGGCGCUAAGUACAUUUCUCACGGAGCCACUGGCAAAGGUAACGAUCAGGUUCGAUUUGAGCUAAACGUAUACUCGCUAUGGCCCGAAGGUAAGAUAAUAGCACCGUGGCGUCUUCCAGAGUUCUUUGAGAGGUUUCAAGGACGUGUCGACUUAUUAGAAUUUGCGAAGAAUGAGAAUAUCCCCGUCGCUGCAACACCCAAGGAACCUUGGUCGACCGACGAAAACAUUAUGCAUAUUAGUUACGAAUCAGGGAUUCUCGAGGACCCUAGUGUAGCUCCACCAAAUGGAAUAUAUAAAAUGACACGCGACCUGCAAUCUACUGAGGACUAUCCUACUACGAUGGACAUUGUAUUUAAUAAAGGUUUGCCAGUCUCGGUCAUAGUACCAAGCGGCCAUGACAAGCCAAUGACAUUAUCUGAUUCUUUGGCCAUUGUUCAGACAUUGAACAAGAUCGGUGGCCAGCAUGGUGUGGGACGAAUUGAUAUCGUUGAGAAUCGGUUUGUAGGCCUCAAAUCCAGAGGACUGUACGAGACACCAGCGGGCACUAUCCUGCACACUGCUCACUUAGAUCUUGAAACAUUUUCUUUGGACCGGGAAAUGCUAAGAAUUAAAAAAUACCUUCAAGAUAAAAUGUCGGAUAUCGUAUAUUGCGGAUUUUGGUUUUCGCCCGAAGCGGCAUAUACGAGGAAAUGUCUAGAACUAUCCCAAGAGUCAGUCAAUGGGACUGUAACGGUGCAAGUAUAUAAAGGGAACGUUAUUACAUUAUCUAGAAAAAGUAUAACAAGUCUUUACAACAAGACUUUGGUUUCUAUGGAUGUCGCUGGAGGCUUUUCACCCGAAGAUAGCACUGGAUUUAUCAACAUCAACGCUAUAAGGCUCAAAGAAUUUGCUAGAUUUAGUAAACAAACCCAGCCCCCACCUCCAACCAAAGUUCCAGAACCAUGCCCUACCCUUCCACCAAAAACCGAAAAACCAACUACUAAACCCCCACCUCCAACCAAAGCUCCAGAACCAUGUCCGACCCUUCCACCUAGAACCGAAAAACCAACUACUAAGCCCCCACCUCCAACCAAAGCCCCAGAACCUUGUCCGACGCCUCCGCCUAGAACGGAAAAACCAACUACUAAACCACCACCUCCAACAAAAGUCCCGGAACCUUGUCCCACCAAUCCACCAAAGAAGGAAAGGCCUACAAUUCCCCAGCCACCCCCAACCAAGGUCCCGAAACCAUGGGAGAAACCUCCUAUCCAACAAAAGCCUGUACUCCCCCCCAAGCAAGAAAAACCUACAUUGCCUUCAACACCAUCGCCUGUUAAACCAGGAAGAAUUCCAAAACCAUGCCCUUUAAUACCCCCAGUACAACAAAAGCCAACUGUUGGGCCAACUAAAGGUCCUGAGACGACUCCAAUACUUCCAUCUAAAAAGGGAAAGCCAAUAAUAACAACACCACGUCCAACCAAAGCUCCAGAACCUUGUCCGACUCUUCCAUCGAAAAUAGAAAAACCUACCACUAAAUCCCCACCUCCAACCAAAGCUCCAGAACCAUGUCCGACUCUUCCACCUAGAACGGAAAAACCAACUACUAGGCCCCCACCUCCAACCAAAGCUCCAGAACCUUGCCCGACCCUUCCACCUAGAACCGAAAAACCGACUACUAAGCCCCCACCUCCAACCAAAGCUCCAGAACCUUGCCCGACCCUUCCACCUAGAACCGAAAAACCAAGUACUAAGCCCCCCCCUCCAAGUAAAGCUCCAGAACCUUGCCCGACUCUUCCGCCUAAAAAGGAGAAACCAGUGCCUUCAUGGCAACCUGGAUCACGCCCCCCAGCUCAUUGGCCUCAAGUUCCAGUUUCUAAACCAACUUGGGUGUUACCAGGCCAAACAUCAAAUGCCCACCCGACGUCGCAACCUGUACAUGAUGUAGCGACUGUUCCCCCUCAUCCAACAUUCGUUGGAAAUGGAGUGGUACCUCUUAACUGUGCAAACGGUGAAGUUUUCCCCGCCAAUACUGGUAACUGCGAUCAGUACUUCAUGUGUUACUUCGGAAAGGGUGUGUUGAUGAAUUGUCCAGCUGGUCUAGCUUUCAACGAAGAAACCAAAAGCUGUGAUUGGGCAGUAAAUGUCCCAUCCUGCAAUCCUCGUGGUACGGUGAAAGCUGCAGACAAUACGUUGUUUGCCACAAGGGAAGGCCUCGUCUCCUCAGCUGCGACGCAGGAUUAUUCUUCGAUGAUGCUUCUCAUACCUGUAUUGACGCCCAAUACG